CUCCCAGAGUGUCUUUGUUUUCGACUUUCGAUGCUGCGGGUACAAUGGACUGGAAUAAAUAGAACACAGCAGGUAGUGAGGAGAGGAAUUUGGAGGCCAUGGCCGCUGCAAAAUGGUUAUGCUUCGUUUGCUGCAUGUGGAUUCUCUCCACAGCAGGAACGUCGGGAACAUUUGCGAUUUACUCACCCGUCCUAAAAGCCGUAGCAGGUUACGAUCAGAAAGACAUUCAGGCGCUAGCCGUUGCCAAGGAUGUUGGAGAAAGUGUCGGUCUGGUUGCGGGUAUUCUGUGCGAUUGGCUACCAGGGUGGCUUAUGCUACUUAUCGGCGCACUGCACUACUUGACAGGAUUUGGUGGUCUAUGGCUAGUAGCGUCACAGCGCAUUGAGCCGCUACCAUUCUGGCAGAUGUGCUCUCUGAUUCUAGUUGGAGCUCAAGGGACCGCCUGGUUCAACACAGCGGCUCUUGUGACCUGCAUACGCAAUUCUCCGAGAUCUCGAGGACCAGUCGUUGGCGUUCUGAAAGGACUGGUCGGCCUCUCAAAUGCUAUUCUCUCUCAAGCUUACUCAGCUUUUCUCGCCCCGAACCAGCCGUCGUUUCUCUUGGUCCUUGGCGUUGUGCCUUUGGCAGUUGCCAUUCCAACCAUGAGCUUUGUCAGGUCAGAAAACCGGGUCUUACACGACGAUAUCGAGGAGAAGAAAAACUUUGAGACGGUCGUUUUGUCCUGUACGGGUCUGGCGUGCUACCUUCUCGUAGCAAUCUUCGUUGAAGAUCAAGUGGAGCUAACAUCUCAGAUUCGGGCGUGGAUUUUUUUCGGUAUGAUGUUCUUUCUGAUUACGCCUCUGGCUGUCCCGGCUGCCCACUAUUUGGAAGACUUUCAACUCAAUUCACGACAUCAUUCAAAUAAAGAUGAGCAGUGCAAUGGAGAGGUGGAUGUAAGAGAAGCUGAUGACAUACUGCAACCCCUCAUGCAUCGAGUGUUAAGCACAGACUCGAUCUUUUCUGACUUAAGUCCAUCUGAGACACCAGCUGAAGAUGACAAAGAAGUGCAGCCUCUACAUUGCAGUCCACAUAGUCUUCUGAGUUCAGAAAGUGAUGGACACCAAUCAGCAAAUUUCAACCAUCCUGAGAAAGGUUUGUUGAUGCCUGACAAUGAGAGAACUAUCAACCCUCACCCAGUCCUCGUUGUUCAUCAUAGGGGAUUGGACGAAGCUGUUCAACGACAGUUGAAUAGGAGGAGGAGUUCCCAGAUCCUUUUAGCAGUUGGAGAAGGUGCUGUACGGACGCGAAGAAAGGGGCCCAGACGCGGUGAGGAUUUCACACUCAUCGAAGCUCUUCGAAAGGCGGAUUUUUGGUUGCUUGUGCUCUCCUACAUUUGUGGUUGUGGUUCUGGGUUGACGGCAAUCAACAACCUGGCACAAAUGGCAUCCUCCCAGGGCUACAGCCGGGUGCAACUGUUUGUUUCGCUGGUUAGCGUGUGGAACUUUAUUGGGCGUCUUGCGGGAGGAUAUUGCUCAGAGCACCUGGUCAAAAGCUAUCUCCUUCCAAGGCCACUGCUGCUUCUUGUGGCGCAGAUUGUGAUGUCAGCCGGCCAUGCCAUUUACGCCAUAGCCUUCCCAUACUCAUUACAUAUCGGCUCUCUCAUUGUUGGGCUUUGCUACGGCGUUCACUGGGCUGUGAUGCCUGCAACCGUGAGUGAGCUCUUUGGGCUAAAAAACUUCGGCUUGAUCUUCAAUGCCGUGGCGGCUGCUACACCAGUGGGUUCCUACCUGUUUUCAAGUGUGAUCGCUGGGUACCUCUACGACUAUGAGGCUCACAAGGGUCAAGCAUUUAAUGGUAGCUCAUGGAGGCUUGGCUCAUCAGAGUUCACUGAAUGCAUUGGAGCCCAUUGCUUCCGGCUGACUUUCACAAUCAUGGUGGGAGUCUGCUGGAUUGGGGCACUAUUGACUGGCGUCUUAGUCUGGCGUACUAGACGUGUCUAUGUAUCAUUGUACAAGAAGGCAGGGUCUGCUCAUUAGUACUGUAACUAUUUUAUGAUAUUCAUCUUAACU